CCCUUUUCUCCCUAUUUUUCUUCUUUCUUUCAUCAAUUCAUCCCCAAACUACGCAUUUUUCAUGAUUUUCUCCUCCUUUUUUCCAUCCAACAUUCUUUCUUAGAUCCUUCUCUUGUUCUUCCCUCGAAUUCUUCUUCAGAAUGUUGUUGGAUUAGUUGCCACGGUAUCGGCUUUGGUUGUCUCGAGUGAAAUGAGGUGGUUUCGCUACCUAUAGGUUUGAAUAAUGUUGUGUAUGGAAGUUUGGAUUUGAGCUAUGGAUUAAAAUUUGAGUUGGAUUAGGUGAAUGGGGAUUCAGACUAUGGGGUCUCAGGCUGGAGGUGAUCCGAAUGGCAAACAAUCACAGUUCCAGCCGUUGGUUCGUCAAAGCUCGCUUUAUAAUCUCACGUUGGAUGAGGUCCAAAAUCAGUUGGGAGAUCUAGGAAAGCCGUUAAUCAGUAUGAAUCUCGACGAGCUUCUUAAGAAUGUGUGGACUGCUGAGGCGAACCAAACGGUUGGUAAGGAGAAUGAGGAUAAUACCGUCUUGGAUAAUCAAACGUCCCUACAACGUCAGGCUAGCCUUUCGUUGAAUGGUGCUCUGAGUAAAAAGACUGUUGAUGAGGUGUGGAGAGAUAUUCAACAAAGCAAAAAUAGUGAGGAGAAGAAGUCUCGUGAACAGCAACUGACGUUGGGAGAGAUGACGUUGGAGGAUUUUCUAGUGAAAGCAGGGGUGGUUGCUGAAACGUCGUCGAAUAAAAAAGGAGCGGGUUCUGUUGUUGAAAUUGAUGCAAAUAUCACGCCACAGUUUCAACAAACGCAGUGGAUGCAGUACCCGCAACCUCCGUAUCAGUCUCAACAAGCAGCAAUGAUGGGGGUAUAUAUGUCGGGCCAGCCUAUUCCCCAGCCGCUGCAUGUUGGGGCUGGUGCUGUGAUGGAUGUUCCAUAUGUAGACAACCAAAUGGCAUUACAGACUCCUUUAAUGGGAACUUUAUCAGAUACACCCACAUCUGGGAGAAAAAGAGGAGCGCCUGAAGACAUGAUUGAGAAAACUGUCGAGCGUAGACAGAAAAGGAUGAUAAAGAAUCGGGAAUCUGCCGCUCGUUCACGAGCAAGGAAGCAGGCAUAUACCAAUGAACUGGAGAAUAAAGUUUCACGUUUGGAAGAGGAGAACGAAAGGCUCCGGAAACGGAAGGAGCUGGAAAAGAUGCUACCAUUGGCACCCUCACCCGAGCCGAAGUACCAGCUUCGAAGAACAUCGUCAGCGCCGUUCUAACUUGGACAUCGACUCUGUCUUCGUCCUCCUCACACUCGUAAAGAAGAAAGUGUACGUGGUGGGUUCGAUAGUUUGUUUUUAACUAUCUUCAGGUUUUGUCUGUACUUAUUAGUGGGGUCUGUUAUAUUAAUCAGUGGUAGAGAAGAGAUUAUAAUGGGACCAUUGUAACUUUGAGUGUCUCUGUGAUUUGUCAUAUAAAGUUUUUAGUUCAGCUUCAAAAACAAACAAAAACAAUGUUUCAAUGUGAAUAAGAAGGAAAAAAAAAAAGAUAUAUAAUAUAUAUAUGGUUAUUGUUGUUU